AUGUCUAAAAAGGAAUAUGUGGAGUCUGAAACAGGCAGAAAGCUGGAAAGUGAUGGUCAUCUGGACGAUUUCUGGGAAGAGUUAACAGACACUGGUCAGAAAAAAAGGCAGAAAAGAGAAGCGGAUGGGACUUCAGACAAAGUCACAAACAUAAGAGAGCUGCAACCACCUGUCAUUGAUGAAAACAGCAGUGUGCCAUCAACAUCAUCUGAGCCUGACUCAAGCAACAAUAUGCCAUCGUCAUCCCAGCGUGAUGUGAGUGGUACCAUGUCACCAUCACCUGAGCCUGAUACAAGCAGUACUGUGCCACCAUCUUCCCAGCCUGAUGUGAGUGAUACCGUAUCACCAUCAUCUGAGCCUGAUAUGAGCAGUACUGUGCCACCAUCUUCCCAGUCUGAUGUGAGUAAAACCGUAUCACCAUCAUCUGAGCCUGAUACGAGCAGUACUGUGCCACCAUCUUCCCAGUCUGAUCCUUCAACAACUGACUCUGUGUCAUCAACAUCACAGCCUUCAACAACUGACUCUGUGUCAUCAACAUCCCAGCCUUCAACAAUUAGCACUGUGUCACCAACAUCCCGGUCUUCAACAAUUAGCACUGUGUCACCAACAUCACAGCCUUCAGCAAUUAGUACUGUGUCACCAACAUCCCAGCCUUCAAUAAUUAGCACUGAGCCAUCAACAUCCCAGCCUUCAACAAUUAUCACUGAGCCAUCAACAUCCCAGCCUUCAACAAUUAGCACUGUGUCACCAACAUCCCGGCCUUCAAUAAUUAGCACUGUGUCACCAACAUCCCAGCCUUCAACAAUUAGCACUGUGUCACCAACAUCCCAGCCUUCAACAAUUAGCACUGUGUCACCAACAUCCCAGCCUUCAACAAUUAGCACUGUGUCACCAACAUCCCAGCAUUCAACAAUUAGCACUGUGUCAACAACAUCCCGGCCUUCAAUAAUUAGCACUGUGUCAACAACAUCCCAGCCUUCAACAAUUAGCACUGUGUCAACAACAUCCCGGCCUUCAACAAUUAGCACUGUGUCAACAACAUCCCGGCCUUCAACAAUUAGCACUGUGUCAACAACAUCCCGGCCUUCAACAAUUAGCACUGUGUCAACAACAUCCCGGCCUUCAACAAUUAGCACUGUGUCAACAACAUCCCGGCCUUCAAUAAUUAGCACUGUGUCAACAACAUCACAGCCUACAACAAUUAGCACUGUGUCAACAACAUCCCGGCCUUCAACAAUUAUCACUAAGUUAUCAACAUCCCAGCCUUCAACAGUUAGCACUGUGCCUUUACGUACAACGUCUCGGAGUACCACAUCUUCUACCACACAACCACAAUGUCAAAAUGGAGGAACCCAUGAUGGUAUAAAAUGCAUUUGUUUAGAUGAAUUUAUUGGGCCGAAGUGCGAGUUUAUAUUGGACAGAAUUCCUAUUAGUAAAGUUGAAACUUCCGUCAUCGUGACAUUGAGAAUCACCAGCGAGGAGUUUACUGAAAGCCUAACGGAUAACUCCACUACAGAAUAUAAGGAAUUUGAGACCAACUUUAAAGAGGAGAUGAAAAAUGUUUAUAGUAAUAUUCCAGGAUUCAAAGAAGUCAUCAUCCUUUCAAUCAAGAAUGGCAGUAUCAUUGUGGAUCACGAUGUGGUGGUAGAGAUAAACUUAAAUGAAAACGCCACCAUCGAGGAGCAGUACAAAAAGAUAUCUGAAGAAGUGGAGACUGAGUUGAAGUCCAACUGCACAAAUUGCAGUCUGAGUAUUGAUACAAAUUCCAUCCAGGUCCAGAAUAAAGAGCCACCAAAUGUACAAGGCAAGUGA